GUGGCCCUUCCAUUGGUGCUGCUGGAUGACCUGGGCAGUGGCUUUCGAGUCGCUGCCCCGGGCUGUGUGGCGGUCUGGUCAAACUUCUUUUUCAUCUCUUUCACACUCGUGGGAAAACUGUUGGCUGCUUUGGACGAACGGUCGUCGACGGGGUUCGACACGGCACGCUGACUCGGUCGAAGAGCAUUGCGGUUCGUGGGGAGCCCUGAUGGCCUUGAUGCCGUUCCGUUGCCGUUGGAGCGCGUAGAGGGCGUCUGUCGAGAGCUGGACGAGGCCUGGGCCAUGAGAUCUACGGUUUGCGGGGACUCAUUCCUGGGCUGCUGCGCACCUUGGUAGCUACGGUAAAAGUCGUCGGGAUCUAGCGAGUCGUCCAGAGAGGAAUUGGCAGCAAACGCCUGGAGGUUCGAGGCCGCGGCAUGCGAGGCGAGGGGGGGUAUUUGGCCGCCGGGUCGGGGGUCUAGGUCUCGGUCGAGAUCGGCGCCGGGGUGGAAGUGGUGUUCAUAAGGGUCGUAGGGGUCGUGGGAGUGGUGGUGCUGGGUGUGGUGCUGUUGUUGGUAUUCGAAAAGCUGCUGGUGAUGCUGGGGGUUAUGGUGGUGAUGGUGAUGGUCGAAGAGCUGGCCGGGGCGCGAAGCAGGCGCCUCCUCUCCAAGACUGCCAUCGUCCAUGGUCUCGCUCCCAUCACUCUCAGGUCGUUUGGCCAGUGGUGGAGGUCCGUAAGGUUACGUCGUGGACGGCGUGCAUGCAAACGCUCCGUCCGCGACUGGCUGUGCGGAAUUCAAUGAUCAUCGAGAGCCAUCGUCCAUAACUGGGCAACUGGACACUGGUAAGUGACUGGGGGGGGGGGUGUGUGGGGAGGCGGCAGAGAGAGAGAGAGAUGUCGGGGCUCGUCGAGGUUGAUGUGCUGGCGAGCGCGAGGAUUGGCUGUCUGCACAAGCGACUGGGGACAGCCCUGGGCGAACGAAACACCUCCAUCAACACCAGGUCCGGGAUCCACCUCCAUAAGAGCAAAAAAGUACGGGGCAAACGCUUCACUGCACCGAACCCUAGCCGCUCUGCUAGCCAGCUACAAGAGUCAGUGCGCUAUCCGUACUUGUUCCUCAGAACCUCUGUGCAAUUACGGCGCCUUUCGGGCAGCGGCCUAUGGAAUAUCAAUGAGACGACAGAGACGGGACGACACAUAUAUGCUCAUAUCCUGUGCCAUCGUCCGGGUGCGAGCCCUUUUUCUCCUGCUCUCCUGGAUGCGAGAUGGUCAUACCCAUCCAUCCUGGGCACUUUGGCAAACUUUACUUUCUUUUUUCUGUUUUGAGAAGAAUGUGUUGCAGUGUUGCAGUGUUGCAGUUGGUACAUAAUCAACAGGAACAAGCUGCCUUGCGAUGUCAGCUUGAGGGAAGUUGGAGGGGCGUUGGUGGAUGACAAGGAAGUCUUGGAAUUACCCAGGCUAUCGGUAAGGUUUCUCUUCUACCCGGACCCCCUGUAGAUGUCCUCUACAACCUUAGGUGUAUCCAAUACUACUUACCAGCUGCCCGUUUGGGGAUCAGGCUGAUGUGCUCACCUUCUGCGGCUGCGCAGCUUGUGUUGGCCGGCAUCAACCGUGUCUCCACUCCUCGAACAAUUCGAGAAGAUAGGAAUACGACCUUUUUCUGGGCUCUAUCCCAUGUGAGUAUCGAAAGGGAUUCAAAGUGUUUGAAGGUGUAGGUAGCUAGCUGUGCUGCUGCCCAGAAAGCGGGGGCCAUCCAUCAUGAUCGUGUAAUUGCCCGUUCUGCCUCAACGGUGCAGUGGGGAUUGAACAGGGGGUUUGCGGCGGGUUUUCGGCCGAUUAUGUAGAAGAUACAUAACUUGGCAUGGCAUCCGAACUUUUUUGCUGAUGUUUUGUUUUCUCUCAUCCGAAUCCUCCUCAGUUCAUAGCAGUUGACUGUGUGGACGAGCAGACAUGUGAGAGAAGGCCCCUGCCCGUAGCGGGGCACCAGGGGGUGGGAUGUUUUCCAUCCAUGAAGAUGAUGAAUUCGAGCCAACAACAGAUCCAACGAAUCGCAAAUGCUAAGGGACAGGCAUGAAUACAAGUCAACCCUGUGUGGCUGCCCAAUGACGCACUGUUCAACCAGCUGUGCCGCCGAGAUAACCUUGACUGCCCGACCCUUGAGCUUGACCAGCUGUGACUGGCCGCCAAGCUUAAGCUCUCUCUCUGACUUCUUGAUGAAGUGACCCUUCGUGGCCGAGACUGUACACCCGGAGCCUAAACUCCUAGAGCAGGUGUGGCGUAGGGCCAUGAGGUGAGAAGGAACCAGUACAUCCAGCUCAGAAUAAAAAUAUUUCAGGUUGCCGUUAAAGCAGGAGAGACGACUUGUCGCAGACCGUUUGAGGCUUGAGCCACACGCCGCCACACGCCGACGCGCCGCCAGUCACACAACAUCUUGAACACCAGGAACCAGUGCCGCUCGCCCGCCUCGGUAUUAAUUGUCGCUUUUCAACUUUUCGUGACUCUCACACGCGCUCCAUAUCCAAUCAACCGAACGGACACACAUCCGUUUUCACUCAUUCAUCCCCGGCCAACUUCCCCGGCCCGCCCACCCACCACACCACGACACCACCACUCCCACCACUCCCACCACUCCCUUCAACGGAUUAUCUCGAAUCCUGGAUCCUGCGACCCCAUGACCCAAUCAGCCAUCAGCACAUGUUUGGCCGUUGCUGGUUGGUCCUGAGCUCUCAGAAGCCGUCAUCUAAUUCCCUCAGAAAUGCCUGGACUAAGAAACCGGACUUGGAGGACAUCUUCGACACUUUCCAAUCAUGACAACUAUUCUUGCGUCAAGACCGGCCAAAGGGAAGAGGAGUCGAGACAAUAGUGGCGAACUAACUCACAACGGCUCUGCUGAUCACCCUGCAAAACACCAGAGGACCGGGCAUGAACCACGCGAUGCCGUUGUCAAGCAUGCGCUGUUGAGUCAGUACUAUUCUGAGACACAAACAUUACGACAGUACGCACUGUCGAAACUGCCAACCUCUUCACGCAUCCGGCGCAAGAAAAUCGCAACAGUAGGGCUUUCUGGCUCUUCUGUCCAGAAGUCUUCAACUGAAGAGGAGACUAUCUUGGGAGAGCUGCUGGACACAACACUUGUUGCCUGGCGCCACGAUGCCACCGCGAGAAAGAACAGCUACCGCUGGGAGAAGUGGAUUGCCUUCUCGCAGAAGGGAAAAGGAGAUGAAUCCUAUGUGACCUUGUCAGAUGGACUGAGGAGGUCCAUGUACUCGCAAUCCGAUUCCACCAACUUACAUGGCCGUCUGUCAAAGAUUGUAGACUUUGUUAUCUGGCUUCUUUUCUCCCAGCAGGAGGCUGGUGUCCGGUUGAAGCAUUUGUUAUGCGACGGCUUUCGGAGAAGUGUAAAUGAGAAUGCUCAUCCGAAGGAGGCAGCCGCCCCAAGCAAGCCAAUCCCCGGGCUCUUUGCAGUAGAACGCAAUCAGCAAGUAGAAGCCCUCAGGGAAAAGCCAUGGCCACAGCUUCUCAUGCUCUUGGGCAAAGAAGGGGAGCGCAUCAUGAUCGACCUGCUUGUCGACUGUGCCAUUUUCCGGGCUGUAAAAGCAGGCAAAGGCAACAUGCAACAGCUUUGUGGGAUUCCCAUUUCAGAACUGAGCCCUUUGGAGGCAAAGCCCAUCGACAAAGAAAAUCCCGUGCGCCCCUCCGAGAUCUCUUUUGUCAGAAGCCGUAUGCUCUAUGCCAGAGCUGCUCUCAAUGCUCGUGGCGCUGUUCUCUUUGGCUUACGUCACAUUCAUGUGUUGAACAGGUUUCCAUAUAAGGCACCCACCCCCACCGAAGAGGAUACUAACCACGGGAAUGUGGUGCAUAUCUUGGUGUACAUGUUUCCCCGUCAAUUUGGGCUGCAUAAUCCAUUUACGUCGGUUGUGGACCGCCAGAAGACAACUCAGAAGUUCCAGGACUACACCCUUCGUGAAGAGGAGAUAGCCGAGAAGUUUUCCAAGUUGGAUACGCACGGAAAGCCUAUCAGGCACGUUCCCAAGAGACUUAGAGGACAGGUCCAACAUCUUGUUGAGCGACUUCAGAUAUUGCACGGCCGUUGCGCAUAUGCCGAGAUGAUGAAGCACUAUUGCCCAGUACCUGGCUUGACAGCAAGCCGUAAGAAGGCUUCCACCUCCAUGGAAAGGUCAUUAGUUUCACCAUCAAGGCCAGCUGGCAAAGCUUCUCGGGGCAAGAAGAAGACUCGGCAGAAUGCAGCCCCGGAUUGGAACUUGAAGUACAGCUCUCUCACGGAGUUGGCAACUCCAACAUCGUCUGUCUCGGCCUUUUGCCAGGCUAUACUAGCCAAGGUGAUUCCCAAUGAGUUCUGGGGCCAGGGCGACGCACAAGAGCACAACAAGGCCUGCCUUCUCAAAAAGGUCCACGAGUUCAUUCAUCUGCGGCGGUUUGAGAGCAUGUGUCUGCAUGAGGUCAUGCAGGGAAUGAAGCUCCAAGAUAUCGACUGGCUCGCACCUCCUGGACUAGCCAACCAAAAAUGCUCGCAGUCAGACAUGCAGAAACGAACCGAAAUCUUUUACGAGUUUCUCUACUACCUGUUUGAUUCAUUCUUGAUACCCUUGAUUCGAAGCAAUUUCUAUGUCACUGAUUCCAGUGUUGACAAGUAUUGUCUGUUUUUCUAUCGGCAUGACGUCUGGCGGUAUGUUGCCGAGCCUGCCAUGGCCGCGCUCAAGACCAGGAUGUUUGAGGAGGUCAGGUUGGAAGAUGCUUUACGGAUCUUGGGGUCCCGCAAACUUGGACUUGCCCACCUUCGGCUGGUUCCCAAGGAAACCAACAUGAGACCUCUCAUGAAUUUGUCACGUCGGACUCUGCGGCCAGGGGGGAAAGCUGGGUUGAGCUACAGUAUCAAUACUAAUUUGGGGCCGGUGAAUUCGGUGCUCAAGCUUGAGAGGACACGAAAUGCCGAGCGUCUCGGAUCUUCCCUCUUCUCAGUGAGCGACAUCUACCCCCGCAUCAAGGCAUUCAAAACCUCCCUUGGCCAAGGAUACCACAAGCUCUACUUUGCCAAAGUUGACGUCACGGCCGCCUACGAUACCAUCCCUCAAGACGCCAUGAUCAAACUACUCCGCCAGAUCCCCAAGCAAGCCUUUUAUAAAAUCAAGAAACACGCCGAAGUCAGCCCCCUCGAAAUGGUCCUUGGCCAAGGCAGCACUGCCAAAGCCGCCAGCCGCUGGCCCUCGGUAGCCCAACCAAACAAAGACCCCCUCCCCUUUUCCCAAUUCAUUGAGACCACUCUCGCCCCGACCAAAAAAGACACCAUCUUCGUCGACCGCUCCAACGCCCAGAAAACCCACAACACCCGGGACCUGAUGUCUCUAUCCACGUCCCACAUCAAAGACAACCUCAUCCGCAUAGGCAAGAAACACUACCGCCAAAAAUCCGGCAUCCCUCAAGGCUCGGUGAUUUCCUCCGCCCUCUGCAACUACUUCUACGCCGACCUCGAGCGCACCCACCUCUCCUGUUUGUUCUCCGAUGACAACACCAACGACAGCCUGCUCCUCCGGCUGAUAGACGACUUCCUCCUCAUCACCACCUCCCUCCCCAAAGCAACCCAGUUCAUCACAACAAUGCACUCUGGCGUCCCCGCCUACGGCGUAACCGUCAACCCUUCAAAGUCCCUCGUUAAUUUCCCCGUCACCAUCAACGGCACCACUCUCCCAACCUUACAAUCCAAAAACAACAACAGACCAGCUCAAUUCCCCUACACGGGCCUAUUCAUCAACACCAAAACUCUCGAAAUCUCCAAAGAUAACACCGCUCUUACAGGUAACCCUAAAAGCGUCUUCAACUCUUUAACAGUAGAACACACCCGCCGCCCAGGCCGCAAUUUUUCCCGCAAGGUCCUCGCCUCGUUCAAGCUCCAGUCGGGCAUCCACCUUUUUGAUACCAGCCUCAACUCGAGGCCCAAGGUGCUGGCCAACGCGUUUGCCGCCUUUGUGGUCUGCGCCAGGAAGAUGUGGGCUUAUGGGAGGUGUAUGGGGAAGAAACGACAGCCCGGUGGGGUGGUUGUUAAAGAUACCAUCAGGUCAUUGAUUGAUGUUGCGUUUCUGCUGCUGACGAGCAAAAGCAGAAAGGAGAGGUGGCCGGGGUAUGAGUGUAUGGUUACAAAGGGGGAGGUGGCGUGGUUGGUGAUGGUGGCUUUUAGACAGGUUCUUGUUAGGAAGCAGACGGGAUACAGAGAGGUUGUGGUUUGGCUGCAGGAGGAGACGGUCAACUUGUCGAAGGGGAAGAAGGGGGUUGCUGUUGCGGGUUUAAUCAAGAUUAUUAGGGGAGUUGGGAUCUGAUGGUUGAGAUCGGGAGGUUGUUGGAAAUGCUAGCAAGUGCGUUUAAAGCAUGUUUAUAAUGCACAUGUAGGAAGAUUGAAAUCGAU